AUGAGUGAUACAGAAACAACUGAGAACGAGGCUCAAGAGACGGUGGUAAUAGUUAUAUCGGAUUUUAAGAAGCAGAAACGAAAUGCAAAAUCGUUGUUGACACGUUUGUUAACACAGUUAUCCUGUUUGUUGUCAGAGGAAAACCCUAAUCGAGAGAAUAUAUGCCAUUUAUUGGUUAAAAUCGAUGAACAGAAAGACAUUUGUUUGGAGGUAUUAGAUAAGCUUGAGGAAGCAUACCAGAAAAGUGGGGAUAAACAAAACGCAUUAAGAAUAGGUGAUGAAUCGGACAAAAUAGCUGAGCAAGUGGAUGUUGAAACACAUGCCUCACGUCAAUUUUUGUUAUCGUUAGUCAAGAAAUCUGUGCAUUUAAAAAACAAUGUUGCUAUGGCAACUGAAUCUCAACCGACCAAUACACAACAGCUGGCCCAGGAAAUUAUUACUACAGAAAAUAUGGAAACACCCUUGUUGGAAAAUGAUGGAGUACAAACUGAAUCGAAUAGCAGUUUGCCGCAAGAGACACAUCAAGUAAACAGUAACAUUGCACAUGAACAAUUAUCAAGUGGAAACAACACUACAUUUGUUGACAAUGGAAUUGGAACACAGUUGUCUGAGUCGUCCAGCAGCCAAUCGGAAUUAAACACGACUUCACAAAGUGGAAGUGCUCGCAGAGUGGAUGGACAUUUGGAGCGAAUUCGAAUUCCUAUUUUUACAGGAGACAAAAUGAAGUUUCAACAAUGGAAUGCCGCUUUUACUAGCUGUGUAGAUAAAAAGUCAUUGAGUCCACAGUUCAAAAUGCUUAGACUAGAAUCAUGUUUACGAGGAGAAGCAGCCGAUACAGUUAGGGGACUUGGAUACUCGCAAGAAGCUUACAAUGCUGCAAGGGCUAGAUUGGAGAGAAAGUAUGGUGGUAGUCGGAGACAGGUUCAGAGUCAUUUAGAAGAAUUAAAAAAGUUGAACCAUUACAAGAGGAAAAUGCCAGAGAAUUGGAAAUCUUUGCACAUGUUUUAG